AUGGCCGAAGCAACUCACACCUUCGAUCCUCAGGGCGAGGUCAUCAUAGUGUUAAAAUGCAUAAGCCAUCCAUUUGCUCCUUAUGGCGGACAGAAAAGAAAGCGAAGAUCAGAAAAGAGGGAGGUAGCUCGCAAGAAGAAAAAGGUGCAUGAGGCUUCUAACGCCAGGGGUUGGAAAGAAGGAACCAGUCUGCUGGAGAUGGGUUCGGUGGAAAUAACAGCAGACGGCUGGGACCUCGAAGCGUUUUUGAUCUUGAUGAACAUUUUCCACGCUCGCCCUCAAAAGGUACCCAAAGUUGUCAACCUCAAGUUGCUAGCCAAAGUCACCGUUCUGGCAGACUACUACGAGUGUCAAGAAUCAGUCCAAUACUUCGCCUUAAAGUGGUUCAAGCUUCCAGAUGAUGAGUUUUUCCCAAGUGAUCACCGUGAUCUGAUGCUCACCAUAUGGAUUGCCUGGGUCUCAAACUAUCGUCCGCGUUCAAAAAGUUGA